AUGGCAGUUUCUGAAGUAGCCUCAACCCCAACCACUCAGAUGGUUGGCAAUGCUUUUGUGGAGCAGUAUUACUCUAUUCUGCACCGCGACCCGGAUCAGGUUCACAGGUUUUACCAUGAUUCGAGUGUGUUGAGUCGACCUGAGGAAGAUGGUACCAUGACAUCUGUCACUGCCACUGCUGAAAUUGAUAAAAAGAUACAAUCUCUCGAUUACACAAGCUUUAGGGUAGAGGUUCUGAGUGCUGAUGCUCAACCCUCAUUGAAUAAUGGGGUAAUGGUUGUGGUGACCGGCUGCUUGACUGGAACUGACAAUGUUAAACGCAAGUUUGCUCAAUCAUUUUUCCUAGCUCCACAGGACAAGGGCUUCUAUGUUUUGAAUGAUGUUUUUAGAUAUGUUGACGAGUAUAAGUCAGUUGAUAUUGAGUCUGUACCAGCAAAUGAUGUUGAUGAAAGUGCUCCUCCAUCAGAAGCUCUUACUCCUGAACCUGAGGCUGUCCAUGUUCCUGAAGAAAUUCCACCCAGUCAAACUGUUAUUGCUGAUACUGACACUAUUAUCAGCAAAGAAGUCAGCCUACCACUGGAGAACGGAAAAUUACCAGUCCCUGAAACUGUGAUUCCUGUCAAUCAUGUUAAAGAGCCAAUCCAUCAAGAAUUACCCCCAUCACUAUUUUUUCCCUUGACAACCCAGAAAAUCUCCAACUUAUUCCUCCAACCCUCAAACAACCUUCACCUUCCAAAUCCGAAUUAA